UGAUAGGGGAACUUCCUAAUCACUGUUAUAUAACUACAGUAUGAGUUCCAAGACAUUUUACCUUCUCCCCCUAUCAAUGGUCAGACUGAGAAGGAACAAUUUGCCAACAAUCCGUAGCGCAUCUUUCCAAAUCAUUCCUCCUCCCCAUUAUGAUAAGAGCCGUUCCCCCAAAAGAGACACUGUAGCUAAGAUCGCUUGUAGCCUGUUCCGUCUGUAAAUUGUGUAUGGCAGGGCGUGCAUGACUGACAGUCUUUAUUAGCGGCGAACCUGUCAGAAAAUUACAGACUCAUCGAUCUCUUUAAAAAAAAAGGCUGCUGCGGUUUGUUCCGGGUUGAUCAAAGCAAGAACAGGUAUGUCACAGCCAACCAGCCGGCUGGAGAGGCGCUUUUGCGGUAGAAUGACGGACGUCUCCAGCAGUCUGCCACAGGAGACCCAGCGACCGCGCAACUUUACUUCUGUAGUCCACAUACUGAUAUUACAGCGCUUCUAAAUAAAGUUCCUUUUUUUGUUCCCAAAGCCUUUUCCCUCCAGUUUAAAUAGUCGUAUUCCACGUACCGCAGCACUUCGCCAGGUUUAAGGAACAAGAUGACAGACUCGAGCGAAAUGAGGAAAAUAACUCCCGAUGCCUUGAAGCAGCUGCUUCAAUUUUAUAACCUAACAAGACAAGAUUUCAUCCAAACCUAUAAUCUGCAACCUCUUGUUUACAUUCCCGAACUGCCCUCCGGUGCUAAAACAACUUUUGUGGUUAUGUAUGCCAUCAUAUUCGUGUUGGCGCUUGUGGGAAACAGCCUGGUGGUGUACAUUAUCGUGAAAAAGCGAGCAAUGCGGACCGCUACCAGUAUUUUCAUCUGUUCUUUGGCUGUGAGCGACCUCCUUAUAACUUUCUUCUGCAUCCCAUUCACUCUGCUGCAGAACAUUUCCUCCGAGUGGCUGGGAGGUGUUUUUGUGUGCAAGACUGUUCCUUUUGUACAGAGCACAGCCAUAGUGACUGGUAUUCUGACAAUGACGUGCAUUGCUAUAGAGAGAUACCAGGGCAUUGUCUACCCACUGAAAAUGAAGCGGCAGUAUACCCCAAAAAGAGCUUACAAAAUGCUAGGAGCUGUAUGGACUGUAGCUGUGAUAGUGGGGUCCCCGAUGUUAUAUGUGCAGCAGCUAGAGGUGAAAUACGACUUCCUGUACGACCACCACCACGUGUGCUGCCAGGAGCGCUGGCGUUCCUCGGCUCACCGCCAGGUCUACGCCACCUUCAUCCUGGUGGCCCUCUUCAUCCUGCCCCUGACGGCCAUGCUCAUCCUCUACAGCAGGAUCGCUUUCGAGCUCUGGGUGCGGAAGCGGGUGGGCGACUCUUCGGUUUUGAACACCAUGAACCACAGCGAAAUCAACAAGAUUGCAAGGAAGAAGAAACGUGCUGUUAAAAUGAUGAUAACCGUUGUUUUGCUGUUUACAAUAUGCUGGGCUCCUUUCCAUGUGGUACACAUGCUGUUUGAAUACAACGACUUCGAGAAAGAGUACGAUGACGUCACUGUCAGCAUGAUCAUCGCUAUCGUGCAGGCGGUGGGGUUUUUCAACUCCUUCAACAACCCCAUCGUGUACGCCUUCAUGAACGAGAAUUUCAAGAAGAACUGCCUGUCCACGCUGUCCCGCUGCGUCCGGAGACGGAACCCGAGUCGACAGCGGGCAGUCUCCGCGGAGAGGCCCAAGCCAAACGUGCUCUUCACAAACGCCACGAGGAGGGGACGAUUUCAGGGUGGUACACCCACGCAGGGCAUCCAGUUCAAUCUGUCUGAGGAAGCCGUUUCCGCCUCUUCCCAUGCAGUCCAAUCCACAGCCUUUGCGGAAGAGAAAAUUUCAACCGUCCAUUGUGAGCUUCCAACAAGCAGCUGCUCUUAUUCACACUGAACACGCUCUAUGGGACCCAACGGGACUCAUUCCUUCACAUUCAUUUUCACAUCCCAAGUUUUCAUACUCUUCAACAUGAAACCUGCGGCUCCAAGCAAUGUGCAGAACUUUGUCAGUGGUUUCUAUGUGUAGUGAAAUGAAAUCAGUUGUUUCAGAAAUUCUGAAUUUGACUGUUUACAUACUUCUUGUGCUGUGAGCGAUCAAUGAAAAAGGUUUCCACUGCUAGCAACAAACGUUAUUCUUCAUGAAAUGUCAAUGUAUACAUAACUGGAGCUUAUGACAAGAGAGAUUCUUUGAGCUGUUUGAAUUUUUAUGGUUAGAAGAUGCUGAUAUUUAACUAAAUGGUACACUGGUUUUAGUUGCAGAGAUCAUGUCACAUGAAUGAAUGAUCUUAGAUUAAUUUUCCUUUAGCUCUAAGCCUUUUAGGAUCUACUGUAAAUAAUAUCAAAACUUUCAUCUUGAAAACUGGAUUGACAAUGGGUCAAAAACAAUCUCAAAUGCACUACAUGAUAACACAUAGAAGAAAUACAAUGUUGAAAUUACUUUUCUGUACAGUAUAUCUCUAGUUUCUAAUUUACUUUGAUGUCAAUUAUAUAAACGUCUAAGGAUGUCAGUUUAAUUCUGACUUAAAUAACAUUGUUUAAAUUUCACUCACUCCUAGGAGUCACCCUAUCAGUUGUGUCGCAUUUAUUAUACAACUGCAUUUCUUUAAAAUGUAAUUAGCAACUACUGCUACUUCACUAGAUCACAAUCAAAACAAAUCAAUUUCCCUCUCUAUGGGAUGAUUUUUAUCAUUAUUAACACAAUUAUUUGAAAUAUCUUAGUUAUUUUCGUACGCUACACACAUCUCUAUUCAGUUACAAAGCAUGGUGUUGUUACAUCUCAUCCAACAACUGAAACCAUUUAAACAUCCAUCAGUUAGUGUACCGUAGGACUGAAAUGCUACUUAAAACAAGAUCUGGGCUUAAUGAUUAGUAAACCAAUUAACUGCACCCAUGGGUGUUGAUUAGGCAAAACAUUCAGUGGUUGGGAUGUUAAGAGAAAAGCCGGUCAAGUCUUGCUUGCUUAUUAGCAGAGGUCCAAACUGCCAAUAGCAGUUAUAAAAGAAUGUCACAUGAAAAGGAAUAAACUUUGAGAACAUGGAACAUUACUUAUGAAGUAAUACUGCUGUUAAUGCUUUUUGCUUAACUUACAACGGAGAGUGAAAUCCCAUUUAAACCUUUACCUGGAAUGGCUGAACUCUGAUCAUCAGGAAGUCUCGUGCACCACUAUCUCUCCAUACCUUCAGGACAGCCCACGGCACUGGAUUUUUUUUUUUAAAUGUAAGACUAAUGCACAUUCUCAUACAGAAACUUACUAAGGUAACGCUGCACUGUGUAACAUUUACCAGGUUUAAUCCGCUGUUUUUCUGUAUUUCUCAGUUUACAAUGCUUUUACCAAGGAAACAUUUUAUUUAAAGUCUAAAAGGGCUGUGUGCAACACAAAGGAAUGUAUCUUCUUGAAUGUUUUAAAGUUAAAUAGGGAUUACUUAUAAAAAUAGUUUUGAAUUAAUUUGAAAAGAACUGCAGGUGUUGCAUUGUUGAUCAUAUAUUCAGAAGUCUAGGUAAAUGGUCAUUGAAGUUUAAAUAAACAAGACCAAGAAAACACUACCAGUCACAUGUUUCAAUGCUGUAAGUACAGCAGCCUUAAAAACUGGAUAGUAGAUUGAGAAUAAUGAAAAUGCAAAUCAUUGGAGAAUCGGUCCCUGACACCCACUUAAUGAUAGGAUACUAUUUAGUGUUUCAGUCGAUUUCCAAAUACAGUCAUUAUGUAAAUCUGGAUGCUAGCUUUACAGUUUCACAACAAACACAGGUGAACUUCCUGGUUACAAGGAAGCAAUCAGUACACUAUCUUUUACUAUCUUCCCGUCAUGCCUUCUUUUAGUGUUACACACUUCUGAGUUUUUUUCAUGUGACACCCUUCUAGAUUUACUAUAGACUGCUACCUAUGUAUUUCCGAUAAGACACUAAAAAUCUACUAAUUCUGAAACAAGACCUCAGGUGCUUUUAUAUGAUCUUAGAAAAUAAAUGCCAAAGUAAUGAAAAAAUACAAUUGCAUUUCAGGGGUAUAUUAGAGGUAUAUACCACAGAAGUGACUUAUGCUUAUUGAAUCCUCCAUUCAGCACUCAGUCCAGUUAGAGGUCUGUUUUUAGUUGGGCCUAGGUAAAGAAAACUGGAGGUGACAGUCCAGUUUAUCCACAUACAGUGAGCUUCUUCUCUCCGAGUAAAAAGUGUCAGAGACGUGCAAAAGGUGCUCAGAUACAGUAUACUAUAAUAAUUUCACAAGCUAAGAUGUGAAUGUGCCUUCAGAAGGCUCUUUAUUGAAAGGCACUACAUAACAAUAAAAAUGAUUGUUUAAUUGACUGAUUGGCCAGUGUAGAAGCACAGCUCAGUAUAUUUAAGGUUUGGUCAUUGUGAUUUUCUCUUAUCUUCCAUAACUGAAGAAGCAGAGUGUCACAAGUGAGCUGCACCUUCCUACUGGCCCAAGUUAUAAAAAUCUGGGUCUGCUCUUUGAAGAACAAAACCCAACAGGUUAUUUACAGUAUGAGCACUGAAAAGACCAGCAAUAAAUUCAGGGAAUAAGGCGUUUGUAUAGUUGAAGGACAGUAUAUUUCCUUUUAGCACCCAGCAGGCAGAGCUUGUAUCUGUAGGAUGCACUAAAACAUUUCUUACAGUUUAGCAGCAGUUUUAGAAAGCAGACUAUCCUGUGGAAGGCCUUCUGCUCUGUAGAAGCCAGCAUUACCCUCUAAAUAAUUUCAAUGAAUGAGUAAGGGCAGGUUUGGACUGUAGAAGACCUGGCCUGAGAGAUUUGUAGCAUGUGUGCUCAGUGUGCAUUUACUGUAAAUACAAUUUUGUUUCGUUUGGUCUCCUGGUUAUUUAUUUGGUAUCACAGUUAGACAUGAUUCCAGACACCAAAACUCUAGACUUGAAUCUUUACUCAAUGGACAUAUUAAAUCAACGUAAAACGAUUUCAAUUAAAAUUAAUGAGUCAUUAUCUUGAAUUUAUUAGCAACCAGAAGUUGAUAUAUACUGUAUGGAUCACAUAUGUAUAGUAGUGGCAGAAUGCUAUUAAUUCUAAAUUGAAUGUGUUACUAUUUGGAGGUUCUCUGUAAAAAUUCAAUCAGCUGGCUGCAUUUUCAAGUUUCUGCUGAACUUGGCUCAAUUCAGUAGACUGUUCCAAAAGUGUUUUCAAAGCAUAAACUACCACACUGUGGUCCAACGAACAAAUUAUAUUAAAAACACCCAUAAUAGAACUGCUGUCUAUGCAUUUCAAGAAGAAUAAUUUUGCUGUCCACUGGUUAGUUGUUUUUCUAUUAUUCAAAACCUGGCCCGUGUUGAAAUACAGGACGUCAGGCUAUUAACUCUGCAUACUUUAAAAACCCACUAUUUUGCAAAUCACAGCACAAUAAUGAUUUUCUGUAUUCUAUAU